UCUAUUAUUUAUAAACCCAACUCUCAAAUCAUUUCUCCACCUCCUUUAACAAAAAUAUUGAUUUCCAUCUCCCAAAGUUCAAUUUCUUUUUCUUCUGAUUUUCCAUGUUAGGGAAGACAGGUCGACCCAUGAUCGGAAACUUAUCUGAACUACUAGUUCCAACACACAAAUCCGGGUUAUUGGAUCCUUCAAGGAGCCCCAAAAGUCCACUAGACUUAUUCAAGACCCCAUCAUCAUCAUCAAGAAGAGGGUCGAUGAAGAGAUGCUAUGAUGUUUUUGGUGAUGGAGUAGGGCUUGGAAUCAUUGCUUUAAUGGAGAAAUCCACUGUUGAUCAUCAUCCUUCUUGUAAGCUACAACACACCAUUUGUAGAUUCAAAGGAAGAUUUCAAGAAAAUUCAGAAGAGGAUUACACUUUUGUUACAAGACAUGGAGAAUCAUCUACAAAAGUUUAUUUUAAUGGAGGUGAAGAAGAAGAAGAACAGAGACUCGUUGGAAAAAUUAAGGAAAUUACAUCUUUAAAACCCAGAUUUGUGCAAGAUUUCAAUUACCCAACAUCAGAUUUCCUCAGUUCUUGUCAUCUUUGUAAGAAAAAAUUGCAUGGCAAAGACAUUUACAUGUAUAGAGGGGAAAAGGCUUUUUGUAGUGCAGAGUGUAGAUCAAGUCAAAUAAUGAUGGAUGAGAGGAAAGAACAAUGUAAAUCAAAAGCUUCAAAAUCUGGGAAAAAUCAAAGCUUGGGUUAUGAUAAAACAGAGCAAAUUUUCUCAACUGGGAUUCUUGCAAUUUAGUCCUUUUUUCCUUUUUUGCUCUGUAAAUAAAUAUUUAUAGAAAAAUACUAUACAAUUUUAUGAGGGUUAAUAAUUGAAUUUUCCCCCAAUCUUCAAAAAAAAAAAAGGAAAUUUUGGUCGGAUUGGAAGAGUUAGUGCAUAUAUGCUGUAAUGAGAAUUAUGAAAUUUGAUAAGAAAUGAAUUUGCUCUUUUU